AUGCGUGAUUUGGAGGCAUUUAAUCAGGCUAUGUUAGCAAAGCAGGGAUGGAGGAUCCUCUCGGAUGAAAGCUCUUUUAUGGCUCGGGUGCUGAAAGGGAAAUAUUUUCCAAAUACUUCGUUCUUGGAAACUAAAGUAGCACCACAUGAGAGUUUCACCUGGAAAUCGAUUCUUCAGGCUCGAGAUGUUUUAAAGAGGGGAGUGAAGCGUGUCAUAGGAGAUGGGCUGAACACACGAGUUUGGCAGGACCCUUGGAUAAAUAAUGUAAGCAAUGGAGGGGUGUUGAUACCAAAAGAUGAGGCAGGUUCAAGUAUCUCUUGGGUCAGGGAGUUGAUUAAGGAUGGAAAUCAAAGUGCUUACUAUGCAACGAUUCACGCAAAGAAGGAGGAGGGCGUGUCCUCUUCGGGUAGCAGUAGUGAGGGCAUGUGGAAGAAAGUGUGGAAGUCGUGUACCCCACCGAAGGUACGUCACUUUGUGUGGAGGGCCCUCCACAAUACUCUACCAGUAGGGGAGGCUCUCAUGAGACGUGGGAUGGAAUGUGACCCCACUUGUGAAAGGUGUGGAGAAGGGAAGGAAGAUGUGGGGCAUUUAUUGCUAACAUGUCCUAUGUCUAAGAGAAUAUGGUACGCAUCUCCUCUUCGCUUAAAAAUUGAAGAUGACUAUCGAGGCUCGUUUAAGGGGUGGGUGGAUUGUCUCUUGGGCCAGAUCAAGGAUCAGGAGUGGUGGGAGGCUUUUUGGGCAUUAUGCUGGUCCAUUUGGUUGGGGAGAAAUGAAUGGAUUUUUGAUAAAAGAAGGCGAGAUGAUCUUUGGAGAAUUGAUAAAGCAGUUGGACUUGUUAUGGAGUACCAGCGUGCUAUGGAGGCUGAAAAGAUACAACCGGGUAGCAUGAAGAAUGGUCCAAGGAAGUGGAAUGCCCCUCCUCGGGGUUCUUUGAAACUCAAUACAGAUGUGGCGAUGGGGAAGGAUGGCAAAGUGGGGCUAGGUGCAAUGCUUCGGGAUUGUGAGGGCGAUGUGCUAGCAGCAUUAUGCGAACCAUGGCAGGGGGCAUGUGAGGUGGAUACGGGGGAAGCAUUAGCGGUGAAACAGGGAAUUAAAGUUGCAAUGGAGGCUGGCUUUCGUCAGUUUGAAGUCGAGACGGAUUCCUUGCGGAUAUGUCAGGCAUUGCGAAAGAGGAAGAAAGAACUGUCGCCUUUGGGGGUGGUGAUGCAGGAUAUUGGCACUUAG